AUGGCGGAAGGCGCACCACCUCCCACAAUGGCGGAAGGCUCACCACCUCCCACAAUGGCGGAAGGCUCACCACCUCCCACAAUGGCGGAAGGCGCACCACCUCCCACAAUGGCGGAAGGCUCACCACCUCCCACAAUGGCGGAAGGCUCACCACCUCCCACAAUGGCGGAAGGCUCACCACCUCCCACAAUGGCGGAAGGCGCACCACCUCCCACAAUGGCGGAAGGCGCACCACCUCCCACAAUGGCGGAAGGCGCACCACCUCCCACAAUGGCGGAAGGCGCACCACCUCCCACAAUGGCGGAAGGCGCACCACCUCCCACAAUGGCGGAAGGCGCACCACCUCCCACAAUGGCGGAAGGCGCACCACCUCCCACAAUGGCGGAAGGCGCACCACCUCCCACAAUGGCGGAAGGCUCACCACCUCCCACAAUGGCGGAAGGCUCACCACCUCCCACAAUGGCGGAAGGCUCACCACCUCCCACAAUGGCGGAAGGCUCACCACCUGCCACAAUGGCGGAAGGCUCACCACCUGCCACAAUGGCGGAAGGCUCACCAGCACCCACAAUGGCGGAGGCUUACCAGCACCCACAAUGGCAGAUGCUUACCAGCACCCUACAAUGGCAGACGCUUACCAGCACCUACAAUGGCGGAGGCUUACCACCUCCUACAAUGGUGGAGGCUUACCACCUCCCACAAUGGCGGACGCUUACCAGCACCCACAAUGGCGGAGGCUUACCACCUCCCACAAUGGCGGAGGCUUACCACCUCCCACAAUUGCGGAGGCUUACCAGCACCCACAAUGGCGGAGGCUUACCACCUCCUACAAUAGUGGAGGCUUACCACCUCCUACAAUGGCGGAGGCUUACCAGCACCCACAAUGGCGGAGGCUUACCACCUCACACAAUGGCAAACGCUUACCAGCACCCACAAUGGCAGAGGUUUACCAGCACCCACAAUGGCGGAUGCUUACCAGCACCCACAAUGGCGGACGCUUACCAGCACCUACAAUGGCGGAGGCUUACCACCUCCUACAAUGGUGGAGGCUUACCAGCACCCACAAUGGUGGAGGCUUACCAGCACCCACAAUGGCGGAGGCUUACCACCUCCUACAAUGGCGGAGGUUUACCAGCACCCACAAUGGCAGAGGCUUACCAGCACCCACAAUGGCAGAGGCUUACCAGCACCCACAAUGGCAGAGGCUUACCACCUCCUACAAUGGCGGAGGCUUACCACCUCCUACAAUAG